GUUUUCAAGUUGGGACUCCGGUGCCGUGGCUUAAGAGGGAAGAGUGAGCAGCUAGUUUGGUUUAGUUCUCAAACUACCACUGAAGCUCUGUUAUGACACUUCAAACCGGAGCGAUUUGGAGAAUUUAUCAACCAUAAGCGACUGCGUGGUGUCGGAGGAGAGGUUUGGCUUGGUUCUGACCUUCAGGAGGAGUUUUUAAGAGCAGCAGAAUGAGUUUGAACGAGCACUCUUUGCAGGCGCUGUCAUGGAGAAAACUCUACUUGAGUCGAGCCAAGCUGAAGGCCACCAGCAGAACCUCUGCUUUGCUGUCUGGGUUUGCUAUGGUGGCGAUGGUGGAGGUGCAGCUGGAGCGGGACUAUAAUUAUCCUCCUGGUUUGCUGAUCGCAUUUAGUGCCUGCACCACUGUCCUGGUGGCCGUCCACCUUUUUGCCCUGAUGAUCAGCACCUGCAUCCUGCCAAACCUGGAGGCAGUAAGCAACGUCCACAACCUCAAUUCAGUCAAAGAGUCGCCUCACGAGCGGAUGCACCACCACAUUGAGCUGGCCUGGGCGUUCUCCACAGUCAUUGGCACAUUUCUGUUUUUGGCAGAGGUUCUGCUGCUCUGCUGGGUGAAAUUUCUCCCACUGAAGAAAGACAGAGAACCCAGAAAUAAUGAUAACUCCACAAUCAGCGCCGGGGAGGCCGCUGCCUAUGCGUCCACCUGCAUCAUUGUGCCCUGCGGCCUCGUCUUCAUCGUUUUCGCUGUGCAUUUCUACCGCUCACUGGUCAGCCACAAAACUGACCGCCAGUUCCAGGAGCUGGAGGAGCUCUCCAAUCUCACAAGGCUUCAGAACCAGCUGGACCACCGGGUGGAGGGCCCAAACAUUCAGUCAGCUCCAGGAAUGUUCCCUUAGGAUGGACUCUGUUGGUUUUCUGCUCAAAAACACAUCCAGCACUGUCCAGUUGUAAUGGUGUGCUUCUGAAUGGCGUCCACAACUCACUGUAUUUUUGAUUUAAGAGUGCAUUGUAGAUGAGUCAGACUCACAAGGAUUUUAUAUAAUUUUCAAUCAAGGCAUGCUUAGUGUCUAAAGUUUGCUUCUUCCACAGCUAUGGGAAGUUUAUGCCCCACCAUUCAACACUGAAUGCAAGACUAAUGUAUCUAAUAAGCAGUGGAAUGUUGAUAUUUGUAUGCCAUUAGUCAAUCAGAACUUCCUAAAGACUCAUAUCUGCUCAAAUGUUAAAAAAACAAAAACAAAGAUUGUGUCUGGUUAUAUUAAUGUCACCUUAUUAUAAGAAAAAAAAACCCAACAAUUAGCACUGAAGCUCUAAGGGGUUGUAGCUAAGAAGUAAUGGAAGCUUAUAUCCCAUCACACAGCACUGAAGCUGCAAAGCUCAUGUAGCUAACAAACAGUGGGUGCUCACAUCCUACCUGCUACUGUUUCUAGCUUUGUAAUAUAGGCCGUUUUUUUUUUUUUUAGACCAUCGCAUAGUGUCAUAAACAACAUAAUUACAUUUCUUAGGGAUUGUUGAGAGUGUUCUAGUGCUAAUUGGUGGGAUAUCAGCUUCUGUUAUGUGUUAGCUUCAGUAGCCUUGUAGCUCCAAUGCUCGAAAUAAAGAAGCAAACUUUAGAAUUUUUAUCGCAUAUUAGUCUAUCAGGUACUUUUGGACUAAAGAGGUGAGUUUCUUUUCUUUUUUUUUUGCUGAACUAUCAUUUUUAUCAGUUUUGUUAGAAUUUUCUACUGACUGGUUCUUCCAAUGGGACAACUUUUAAAUUAUGCAUCAGACAAUUAUUCAUCAUGCUUUAUCCAGCAGAGGAAGACGUGGAGGACGUAUGAUAUAAAAAAAUAUUUUCUAAAGAAUUAAUAUUUUACAAGUGUCAUUUUUUUGUAUGUUUUGUUUAUUUCAUUUUGCCUGCUCAGACUGCAAGAAUGCGUUAUGUUACAGCUUUUGUUAUAAUUUUAGGCUGUUUAAGGAAGUUUAUGUGGUGUACAUGUUUGAUUGUAUUAUUGAAUUACCAGUGUGGUCUUUUAUCAAAUCAUGGGAUGACUUUGAUGUUCAAAUAAGAUAUAAUGUUGCCUUAUACAGUUUGGUAAUUAGAGAUGUGCCAAAACAAAUAUUCAUAUUUCCCAAUGUGAAUGCAUGUAUUGUUAAUUUCGAGUUUUAUUUCUUAAACCUGCCAGACAUGGCAAUUAAAAAGGGUCAGAAGGUUUGCUGUAUCGCUGGACACGCAUAUGAAAGGAUGAUUGUAAAAUGGCAUCAAAUCUGAAGAAAACAUGCAAAAAUGUGCCCUGGUGUUUUUUGUCCAAUAUUUUAAUAUUAUGGCAAUUAAAAAAAUGUUUUGAACCCA